GCACAUUAUGCAGUUAUAUGACGGUUGCAAUAAUUGCAGCAUCGCGCGAGACCCAGAAACAGACAGAUCAGGAUUUAAUAAAUCAAGAAAGAAGAUCGACGGGUGCCAAAAGCUGAAAAGUGUUCAAAUCAAUCUCCCCCUAGCUUCGAAUUAUUGAGAAACUAUCGCGACAUCACCUAGCUUCGAAUCACCGCUACACUCCUCGGAUCACACCUGAAUUGGAAAACUCACAGUUCUCUCUGCAAAGGAGCUUGUUAUUGUCCUCAUACAUCAACGUUUGCGUUGCGGUCUUACAGAUUGACAAUUACACAAGUAUGGUCUUAAUGCUGGAAAAGCCUAUUACUUAACUUUUUGUGUCUCUUCAGAAAUGUACAAAGCUCAUUAGGAGCAUGAAUCGAAAGUGCUUUGAGUUGGAGUAGAUGUCUAUCAGCAUGUGCUCGGUAGGGUCCAGUCAGCACUGGGUUAGAACCCAUUUUUUCUGUGCGGAUGUGGACAUCUCUUCACUGCUCAUUUCUCAGAGCUGAAAUUGGAGGGGAAGUGGAAGAACUGAAUGCCAAUGGAAGGAUCCAUGUCCCCAUCUCUACCUUCUGGUCUUAUGGGAAAUCCCAGUUCUCAUAAUGCUGGAAGGGUGAUUUUAGAUGGAUACAGGAUUAAUCACAUUCCUGUAUCUGGUUUUCCCGGCUUGAAAAAGAGAAGUCAUGCACAUGUAAAUCGCUCUUGGAUAAAGAUUGAUCAGGGUGGGAACUCGAAGAUUUUGGAGCUUGACAAAGCUGCUAUCAUGAGGCAUUGUUCUUUACCAGCCAGAGAUCUCCGUCUUUUGGAUCCAUUGUUUAUCUACCCUUCCACGAUAUUAGGUCGAGAAAAUGCUAUUGUGGUUAGUCUUGAGCAGAUUAGAUGCAUAAUCACAGCUGACGAGGUAAUAUUGAUGAAUUCCUUGGAUGCAAAUGUUGUUCUAUACAAGUCCGAAUUGUGCAAACGCCUGCAGUCAAAUAAAGAACAGUCUGAUGAUCUGCCUUUCGAAUUCAGGGCGCUGGAGCUCGCUUUGGAAUUAACAUGCAUGUCUCUUGAUGCUCAGGUGAAAGAGUUGGAAAUGGAGAUACAUCCGGUGCUUGAUGAACUAGCAUCAUCUAUCAGCACUCUUAAUCUAGAACGUGUCCGUAGGUUCAAAGGCCAGCUCCUUGCCUUGACUCAGCGAGUGCAGAAGGUCUGUGAUGAAAUAGAACAUCUUAUGGAUGACGACGGUGACAUGGCUGAGAUGUACCUGACGGAGAAGAAGCUGAGAAAGGAGGCUUACACAUCGAGCGAAUUAUACAGCCAAACUGAAGAAUCUGGUGGGGCUGGAGUGGUGUCAAAAUCUGCACCUGUUUCACCUGUGGGUUCCACCAGUGGAGUGCGAAAGUUACAAAGAGCUUUCAGCUGCUUAAGCUCAAGCAAACAUGGAAGCUUAAGUAGUUCAUCCAAUAGCGGGGAAAACAUUGAUCAACUUGAAAUGUUGCUUGAAGCCUAUUUUGUUGUCUCCGAUAAUACUCUCAACAAGUCGUCAUCACUUAAAGAGUACAUUGAUGAUACUGAGGAUUUGAUCAACAUUAAACUGGGUAAUGUGCAGAACCAGCUGAUACAAUUUGAGUUGCUUUUGACGGCAGCUACCUUUGUGGCAACUAUAUUUGCCGUUGUGGCUGGGGUCUUUGGAAUGAACUUUGAGGAUUCAAUAUUUGACUACCCAUUUGCAUUCCACUGGGUUCUGAUUACAACCGGAGUUUUCUGUGGGAUGUUAUACAUUUCUUUCUUGUUUUAUUUUAGGCACAAGAAAGUCUUCCCUUUGUAAAUCGGAUAGCAGGGAAAACUGGUUCGUUGGAGCCGAUAAUUGAAUUCUUUGAUCGAUAUGGUACUUUCUUGAGCUUUCAGUGAUUAGAAUAAGCUUUUCGGCAUCAAUUUA